UUUAAUUAUUUUAGAGAGAGAAAAUCUUUUCUUUUUAUUUUUUUUCCUCUAAUAAAACCCGUUUCCAACUCUCUCUCCUCCGGCGGCGACGACGACGACGACGACGGUAGGGUUUUCCUUCAUCAAAAGAUGAAAAUCUUCGUCAAGACUCUUAAGGGCACUAACUUCGAGAUCGAAGCUAAUUCCGAUGAUUCUGUUGCAAAUGUAAAGCAAAGUAUUGAGAAAGCACAAGGUGCAGAUGUCUAUCCUGCUACCUCGCAAAUGCUCAUCCAUCAGGGAAAGGUUCUUAAAGAUGAAACAACUUUGGGAGAAAAUGGAGUUGCUGAUAACAGUUUUCUUGUUAUCAUGUUAAGUAAGAAGCCAGCUGCAGCUGGAGCUUCUUCCGUGUCAGCAGCACCUGCUACUCAGGCUCAGCCUCCGAGCACAACAGCCCCUACACCUGCAGCUGCUGUGCCUGCACCGGUUGCACCUCAAGCUCAGACCCAGACAGCUACAGAGCCUGCUGCUUCUGCUGUUGCUGCUGCAGCUGCCGUGACUGCUGCAGCUGCUGCUUCAGGGGAUGCAAAUGUCUAUGGCCAGGCUGCGUCUAAUUUAGUUGCAGGAAGCAAUUUGGAGAGCACCAUUCAGCAAAUUCUUGAUAUGGGUGGAGGAAGUUGGGACAGGGAUACUGUUGUUCGUGCUCUACGCGCUGCUUAUAACAACCCGGAGAGGGCUGUCGAAUAUUUGUACUCUGGAAUUCCUGAGCAAGCUGAAGUUGCUCCAGUGGCCAGAACUCCUGCAGCUACUACUGGUGCGCAGGCUGCAAAUCCUCUUGCUCCGGCUGGUAAUCCUCUUGCUCAGAACCCUCUUGGUCAGGCUCCUCAGGCAGCUGUACCAGCAAGUGGUGGCCCUAAUGCAAGUCCAUUGGAUCUCUUUCCACAGGGUGUUCCCAGUGUGGGUUCAAAUGCUGGCGCUGGCUCAUUGGAUUUUCUCCGUAAUAGUCAGCAGUUUCAAGCGUUGCGAGCUAUGGUGCAAGCCAAUCCCCAGAUAUUGCAGCCCAUGCUUCAAGAACUGGGGAAGCAGAAUCCACAACUGAUGCGGCUAAUUCAAGAACACCAGUCUGAUUUUCUUCGCCUGAUUAACGAACCUGUUGAAGGAGGGGAAGGAAACCUUCUUUCGCAGUUAGCCUCUUCAAUGCCACCGACUGUGUCUGUGACACCAGAGGAACGUGAAGCCAUUGAACGCCUUGAAGGUAUGGGCUUUAGACGGGCCACCGUCCUACAAGUCUACUUUGCUUGCAACAAGAAUGAGGAGCUGGCUGCUAACUAUCUCCUAGACCACAUGGACGAGUUUGAAAACGAGGAUGAUGAAGGCCUUUCCUGAGUUUAAGUGGGUUGUGUCGAUUCUCAUCGUUCGGCAUACUCCUUUUUUUUAAUUGCGUGCCAAUAGAAGAUUUGCGUUUACAAUUGUCGGGCGCGUGAGAUGGUUAUUUGGAUUAGUUGCAAACCUGGGAUAUAUCAAAUCGGCUAGAUGUUAAUCUGUUCAGUUUUAUGUACCAUUUAAACCUUUGAUUUGCCUUAUCUCAUAAAAUAUAGCUUAAGCCAAGUGAAGAAUUUUGUUUUUCCUUUUCUUUUGCUUUUCCAUCAUCAUUAACUUAGGUGCCCAUGUUUGUUCCUUUAUGGUCGUUUGUAAAAUCAUACUUGGCUAGUUGGCUUCAUCUCGUUGAUCCUGAUUGGCACAACCUAUGGAAUAACCUUAGGCGCCUUUUCCA